CUCGCUUGAUCUUGUUGAUUUUCUUUUACUGUCGUCGCGCGUAUAUUGGAGACACACACACAUAGUAGCCGACAUAUUGUUUGCUAUUGACGGGGACCACGAUACGAUACUAUACGACUUGUUGAGAGCGAGUGCUGGGCUCGCAAAACACCACGAAAUAUGGCACUUGGCUUGGGCCUCGUGUUUCUGCUGGGCAGCGCAGUCCUGUUCGGCGUCGCAGCCGUCGUCCACUUCCACAGCGCCCACCUCUCCCUCCCCAUCAAUCCCGCCAUCACCAUCCUCACCGUCCUGCUCCCCAUCAUCUCCCUCCUCAACUCGUACAUCUACCCGACGCUCCUGCACUCCGCGCACCACUCGUCCAACCCCUUCCACCGCCUCAGCCCCACGAUCUUGCAGACUCUCCAGGGGCUCUUGACGACUGUCCUCGCGACGCUGCUGUUUGAGGAUGUGCUUCCUUCGACGACGGUCGAGUGCUUGUUGGAUAACCAGUGGCUGCGCAUGUUUCGUGCCAAGGAUGGGGAGUCGAUUCGACUUAUUCAGGAUACGCUGAAUUGCUGCGGUUUGAACUCCGUCAAGGACAGGGCGUUUCCUUGGCCCAAGCCUGAUCAAAAGUAUAGUAUAUGUGCGGAAAUGUUUGGAAGGAGUCAGGCUUGUAGAGGGCCGUGGAGGGCGGCGCUGCGGAGUAGCGCCGGAGCUGACUUUGGAGUUGUCGUUGCGGUUGGAUUGCUGCAGAUCUUGAGCCUCCUCAUGACCAGAGAGGGCACAAACUGGUGGAAUGCAUGGCGUUCCAUCAACUGGGGCCGACGACAGCGCAUCCGUCACAGCGAAAGCCGUCCCCUGCUGGAAGACGUGACGGAUGCAGACGAGGUUGUCGAGCGACAGGACGAAUCACCUCAUCCCCGAGGAUAUCAGAGUCUGCCAGCAAACGACCAGGACAACAGGCCGCGGGUCGAGCCGUCCACGAUUCAUCACGAGAGAAACGCCUGGAACGACGAGUAA